CGGCCACUUCCUUAUCAAUGCUCAAUGAUACUACGGUUUGUGGUGAUGAGUCGAAGAUGAGCAAAAGCCGCACGAAAGUCGUCAGUUUCAUUCCGAGCGCUGUUCAAGAUGGUUAAACUGUGGGCAAUCGUUGUAAUGGUAGGCAUUGCGCUACCCCGAAUCACUUUCGCAAAGCAGCUGAGCUGCACGAUGGAGCUGGACCGUAGCUGCAGCCUGAUCGGUGCCAAAGUGUCCUCGGACGAGAUUCUAACCACCACCUUUGCCAGCUCUAAUCCCUCCACCCUAUCCACCGUCCAGUUUGCACGCUCCUCGCUCACCGGCAUCCCACCGGCCAUGUUCCAGACCUUCCCGAAGCUGGAAUCGCUGAACGCAACGGGCAGCGACAUCAAGCAGAUUCAGUCGCGCAACUUUGCCGACGCAAAAACACUUCAAUCACUGUACCUGCGCGGUAACAAAAUUCACGAUCUGCCCGACGUGGCCUUCUUCGGUGCCAGCCGGCUGCAAACGCUUGACCUUUCGGAUAAUGCGAUCGCCACGAUCGAAAGCACCGCGUUCAAGCGGCUGCGUGAGCUGAAAACGCUGCUGCUGGGAAGCAACAGCCUAACCGAGCUGCAACCCGGCGUGUUUGACGAUUUGUCCGAUCUGGAGCGGCUAGAGCUGCAGCAGAACGGACUGGGUGCGAUUGACGAUCGGUUGUUCCAGGAAUGUCAUUCACUCACGGCACUGAACGUCUCGCACAAUGCGCUGAAGACGUUCAACGUGGCACAGUUUGAGCGGCGCUGGAGCUUUGAUUUGAUUGACGCGAGCCACAACAAGCUGAGCGUGGUCAGAAUUCCACCGAACCUACGCCAGCUGGUAGCGAUCGGGAACGGAAUCCGCACAGUGGAAAGCACCGCCACCAACGGGUCGGAGCUGAUCCUGCUCAAGCUGCCCCACAACAAGCUGACGAGCGUGGACGAGGUGCCGGUGUUUGAGAAGCUGAUCACGCUCGAUCUGUCGUUCAAUCGGAUUCGCGAGUUCGAUUUCCGGUCGGCCGCCCGGUUCGGUAAGCUGGUGCUGCUCAAGCUGGACGGCAAUCAGCUGGAAUCGGUGAGCAACAGUUUGACCGCGCCGAUCACACACCUGAAGUACGUGCAUCUGGCCGACAAUCAGUUCACGCAUCUCGACCUGAACGUGCUGCGGACGGUGCCGCGCAUUUUGAAGCUGGAUCUGCGCCGCAACCAGCUGGAACGGUUGGCGGUGACGGAUUUGGCCGGCUCGUUCCCGGUGAUGGUGCGCAUCAUGCUCGAGGGCAAUCGGUUCCGGUGCGCGGACAGCCGGCCGUUGCUGAAGGAGCUGAAGGAAUCGAUCACGGCGUACGCGAUGACGCGCAACGACUGCCGGAAGGAGGAGAAUCUGAUCGAUGGCAUUUGCUGCUCGUAGGGCGCAUUAGUGGGAAUCAAGUUUGAUAGGAUUGGUUUCUGUUAGUGAUUUGCAGUCGGUGUUUGAUUUCAAGCAUGUUUUGAGUAUACGUUUCAGAAAACUAUUGAAUUUGAAUUUGGGUAAUUUUUGAAAUAAGUUUUGAGUAUACGUUUUAGAAAACUAUUGAAUUUGAAUUUGGGUAAUUUUUAAAUGCCCAAUACAGUUGUUGCUACUAAAUUUUGUCAGUAAGACCCAAAUGAUUGAUGGCUUUCCUCAAGUUUUCUCUCUAAAAUAUCAAUGUUUGAUUGUUAGGAAACCUAUUCAGCCAAGUCAGGAAUAUUUUGCAUAGUUUCUUAAAAUAUGUGGUCCAAAAUUCUCCAACUAAUUUCUCAUAAUCAACUGUUUAAUGAAUAGUAGUUGAACAAUUUAGAUUCCCAUGAUGAAAUUCAAAUCUCCAAUAAAGACUUCUAUGUUGGCAGGCAGUUUUAGAUUCUAGAAUGCAAUAGCGAUUCGAUCAGAUUUAAACACACAUAUGUAAGAUGUCAAAACAUAUUAUUUUCCAUGUAACUUUAAAAAGCAUUCUACUAUAGGCAAAAAUCUUGAUUUACAGACAAAAAUUGAUGCUCAAUAGUAAAUUAUGGUCCUAUAGGGACAGACGUUGAUGCGUACUGACAACAUUUAGUAGCUAAUGGGUAAAAGUUAGCGAAAAUGACGCUAUGAGAAAAUAGAAAAUUGCUAAAACUGCUUGAAUAAAAUGUCGAAACUGCUUUCAACAUAUAUAUCAGCUGAACAGAAUCCUUUAAUUGCGUUCUUAUGAAGCACGUUAUAUGGUCGUUCCGAAACGUGAUACACACAAAACAGUUUAUUUCGCAAGCACCAAAUUGUUUCUUAUUACUUAAGAUCUUUCCCAAUUUUGCUUAUCUCUUCUAUUUCUCUUUUAUCUUUUCUAUCUAAUUCUUCUUUUUUCUCACUUGAAGAGACAGUUUUUCUCUCAGUUUUUUAAAACUAUUUAUAACGUUUUUUUGAUUUCACACAGAUUCUUUCUCCUACGAAAAAGCAUAACUAUACUCGAAACAUAUCUUGAAAUCACCAAUUUGUAAGCAACUUUUACGAGCACCUCUACCACGGUCUUCACUGUUGGACAAUAUCAAACGGAAUAAUUGCACUAGCGAGGUGAGAAACCAACCUUUGUGAACCUUUGGUUGGGAAUAUUUUCUUUCUAGGCUAUAGCAGCACGAUUAAAACGAGUUUGCAAUGUA